AGCCGGGGAGCCGGGGAAAGAGCGAGAGAGGAAGAAAGAGGCAGAAAGGGCGUGUUUCUGAAGCUCGUUUCCCCUCCCCUUUCUCAGGUCCCUCGCCGGGCUCCGCGCUCUCGGGCUGCAGCUCUCUCGGGCGAAGCUGGGAACUGGGUGGGAUUAGACGGAGCAGCCCCGCCGCCGCCGCCGCCAGCACGACCGCUGGGAGGGCGGGGGCUCCCUCCGCCCGCGGCUCGGGCGCCCCCAGCCUCGCCGCGCUCCCCGCUUCGCUCCUCCCGGCGUCGGGUCGGGAGAAGCCGGCAGGGUCCGGAGCCUCCAGCCCGGGUGCCGCCCGGCGCCCCGCACCCGCAGCCCCCGGCCGGGGCCCCGGAGGGGCGCCCUCCCCUCCCCCUCCGGAGCGCGGGGGCCGCCCGCUUCCGCCCUCGGAGCUGCGCCCCGGCCCCGGCCGCCGGCCCGGGAGCGCCAGCAUGGGCUCGCGGCGCCUGCCCGGGCUCUGCCUGCUCGUCCUGCUGCUCCACGCCCGCGCCGCCCAGCACAGCAGAGCCGUGCAAGAUGUGGACGAGUGUGUGGAGGGGACCGACAGCUGCCACAUUGAUGCCAUCUGCCAGAACACCCCCCGGUCAUACAAGUGCAUCUGCAAGUCUGGCUACACUGGCGACGGUAAACACUGCAAAGAUGUGGACGAGUGUGAGCGCGAGGAUAACGCAGGCUGUGUGCACGACUGUGUCAACAUCCCCGGCAAUUACCGAUGCACCUGCUACGACGGAUUCCACCUGGCACAUGAUGGACACAACUGUCUGGAUGUGGACGAGUGUGCCGAGGGCAACGGGGGCUGUCAGCAGAGCUGUGUCAACAUGAUGGGUAGCUAUGAGUGCCACUGCCGGGAAGGCUUCUUCCUCAGCGACAACCAGCACACCUGCAUCCAGCGGCCCGAAGAAGGAAUGAACUGCAUGAACAAGAACCAUGGCUGUGCUCACAUUUGCCGGGAGACACCCAAAGGGGGUAUUGCCUGUGAAUGCCGCCCUGGCUUCGAGCUCACCAAGAACCAGCGGGACUGUAAAUUGACGUGCAACUAUGGUAACGGUGGCUGUCAGCACACAUGCGAUGACACAGAGCAGGGCCCCCGCUGCGGCUGCCACGUCAAGUUUGUGCUCCACACCGACGGGAAGACAUGCAUCGGGGAAAGGCGGCUAGAGCAGCACAUCCCCCCUCAGGCCGUUUCUAAUGAGACCUGUGCUGUCAACAACGGGGGCUGCGACAGUAAGUGCCACGACGCAGCGACAGGUGUCCACUGCAGCUGCCCUGUGGGCUUCAUGCUGCAGCCAGACAGGAAGACCUGCAAAGACAUAGACGAGUGCCGCUUGAACAAUGGUGGCUGUGACCACAUUUGCCGCAACACGGUGGGCAGCUUUGAAUGCAGCUGCAAGAAGGGCUACAAGCUUCUCAUCAAUGAGAGGAACUGCCAGGAUAUAGAUGAGUGUUCCUUUGAUCGAACCUGUGACCACAUAUGUGUUAACACACCGGGAAGCUUCCAGUGCCUCUGCCAUCAUGGCUACCUGCUGUAUGGAGUCACCCACUGUGGGGAUGUGGACGAGUGCAGCAUCAACCGGGGAGGCUGCCGCUUUGGCUGUAUCAACACUCCUGGCAGCUACCAGUGUACCUGCCCAGCAGGCCAGGGCCGACUGCACUGGAAUGGCAAGGAUUGCACAGAGCCUGUGAAGUGUCAGAGCAGUCCUGGUGCCUCGAAAGCUAUGCUCAGCUGCAACCGCGCUGGCAAGAAGGACACCUGUGCCCUGACCUGCCCCUCCCGGGCCCGGUUUUUGCCAGAGUCGGAAAACGGCUUCACGGUGAGCUGUGGCACUCCCAGCCCCAAGGCCGCUCCGGCCCGAGCGGGCCACCCCGGGAACAGCACAAACACCAGCCACUGCCAUGAGGCUGCAGUGCUGGCGGUUAAACAGCGGGCCUCCUUCAAGAUCAAAGACGCCAAAUGCCGUUUGCACCUGCGCAACAAAGGCAAAAUGGAGGAGGCCAGCAGAAUCCUGGGGCCAGGUGCUGCAUCCUGCUCCGACUGCCAGGUCACCUUCAUCCACCUCAAGUGUGACUCCUCUCGGAAGGGCAAGGGCCGCAGGGCCCGGACCCCUCCAGGCAAGGAAGUCACUCGGCUCACCCUAGAACUGGAGGCAGAGGUCAGAGCCGAAGAAACCACAGCCAGCUGUGGGCUGCCCUGCCUCCGACAGCGGAUGGAACGGCGGCUGAAAGGGUCCCUGAAGAUGCUUAGAAAGUCCAUCAACCAGGACCGCUUUCUCCUGCGCCUGGCAGGCCUUGAUUAUGAGCUGGCCCACAAACCGGGCCCGGUAGCUGGGGAGCGAGCUGAGCUGGUGGAGGCCUGUAGGCCUGGGCAGCACCGCGCGGGGGCCAAGUGUGUCAGCUGCCCGCAGGGAACGUAUUACCACGGCCAGACGGAGCAGUGUGUGCCAUGCCCAGCGGGCACCUUCCAGGAGAGAGAAGGGCAGCUCUCCUGCGACCUUUGCCCUGGGAGUGAUGCCCACGGGCCUCUUGGAGCCACCAACGUCACCACAUGUGCAGGUCAGUGCUCACCGGGCCAGCACUCUGUAGAUGGGUUCAAGCCCUGCCAGCCAUGUCCACGUGGCACCUACCAACCCGAAGCGGGACGGACUCUGUGCUUUCCGUGUGGCGGGGGUCUCACCACCAAGCACGAGGGGGCCACCUCCUUCCAAGACUGUGACACCAAAGUCCAGUGCUCCCCUGGGCACUACUACAACACCAGCAUCCACCGCUGCAUCCGCUGUGCCAUGGGGUCCUAUCAGCCUGACUUCCGCCAGAACUUCUGCACCCGCUGUCCAGGAAACACCAGCACUGACUUCGAUGGCUCCACCAGUGUAGCCCAGUGCAAGAAUCGUCAGUGUGGUGGGGAGCUGGGUGAGUUCACUGGCUAUAUCGAGUCCCCCAACUACCCAGGCAACUACCCAGCUGGCGUGGAGUGCGUCUGGAACAUCAACCCCCCACCAAAGCGCAAGAUUCUUAUCGUGGUACCCGAGAUCUUCCUGCCAUCUGAGGACGAGUGUGGGGACGUCCUCGUCAUGAGAAAGAACUCCUCCCCAUCCUCCAUCACGACCUAUGAGACCUGCCAGACCUACGAGCGCCCCAUCGCCUUCACAGCCCGCUCCAGGAAGCUCUGGAUCAACUUCAAGACAAGCGAGGCCAACAGUGCCCGUGGCUUCCAGAUCCCCUAUGUUACCUAUGAUGAGGACUAUGAGCAGCUGGUAGAAGACAUUGUGCGGGAUGGUCGGCUCUAUGCAUCUGAAAACCACCAGGAGAUUUUAAAGGACAAGAAGCUCAUCAAGGCCUUCUUCGAGGUGCUGGCUCAUCCCCAGAACUACUUCAAGUACACGGAGAAGCACAAGGAGAUGCUGCCAAAAUCUUUCAUCAAGCUGCUCCGCUCCAAAGUGUCCAGCUUCCUGAGGCCCUACAAAUAGUGCCCCUGUGCCCAAGACCCAGGUUUUGAAGACCCCAGAUUCCUUAGUCCUCAGAGCCGGCAGCCCCCACCUCCAGAUAAGGAACUCUCUCCUCUUUUAGAGAAAAAAAAAAUCACUAUAUAGACUAAGAACUCUCCCUUUCUGUCGCUCUAGUUUCCUUUCCUUGUCUCUCUGUCUCUUCUCUCUCUCUUUACCUCUCUCCUGUUUUUCCUUUUCCUGCAUUCUCCCUGGAAAAACCAUUUGGUACUAGCUGUAUUCUCCCUGAGGGGUACAGGAACAGUACUCCUUCCCUCCCCAGCCACAUCCCUAACCCCUUCAGCUUAGAAGAACACUAGAGGCCCAAGAAAGAAGUGGGUCUGCUGGGGAGUGGGGAGGGAGAAGAGGGCUUCUGCCAUUAUAAGGUUGUGCCUUACUAGUCAGGAACCAAAAUGCCCCCUGGCUGGGCCCCCCAGCUGGCCCCGAGGUGAUUCUAACAGCCCAAGGUUCUGCCAAAGAAGCCUUUGACUUGCAGGCUUAAUGCUAGCACUGGUCCUCUGGGGCACGUGGUGUGAGCUCUGGACCACGGGUUUGAGCUCCGGACUGCCCACACAGCCGCUUCUGGGUCUAGACAGCUCCUCCACUUCCGCCAAGUCUGCUUGGGUCCAAUCCAUGAGGGCUUACAAAAGGCCCAACCACUGGGCUAGUGGACACCCGCCGAGUGAGGAAGAGCAGCAGGCAUUAUCACGUGGAAAGUGCUGCUGUCCCUCCCCAUGAGGAAGAUUAUAUAUAUAGCUCUGCAGAACAAAAACCAGGUUCUAUAGCAUCACCAAGAAAAAGAAAAAGAAAAAAAAGGCAAAGGAAUUGCAUCAUCUAAAGGACUAGACUACAGAACAACUGGAAGCCAGCCUCAAACCCUAAUCCCUUUUCUUGUCUUCCCUGGCCCAGCCAUCCCCUCACCCUGAUACGAGUGCUCCCUGGGGGAGCCCUACUCCCCUUGCUAAGUGCCGUCCUUAAAGAAACGUGGCUGCUAAGCAGAAGCCAGCCUGGGCCUGACCCCAGAUUCGGCUUUCCCUUGAAGCCUCCAUUGGCUUGUGGGUUCCGCCAAAGAGGACCCCACUCUGCAGCCAGCCCAGAGCCACCUACCUCUGGCCCCAGGCCGUGGGCAGCAAGAGGAAUGUGUGUGCACUUGGCAAGCCUUCUGCCACCCUGUCUACAUCUAAUAAGUGCAAUCAUUUUGAGUCUAUGUUGUCUAGAGGGAGGGGUUUUUGUUUUCUGGAUUUAUUUUUUGGUUUUGUUUCUUUCUCCUGUGUUAGAGCAACCCUAUUUAUAGCUGCCCACAACAGAAGAGUAUAUAUUUGGAGCGAAGAAAAAGGUUUUGAAUCUCAUGAACUCUGAGUGCUGGAGCAUCUGAUCUGUCUGUACUCCUCACUCAGUGGCCAUUCAGACCUCCUAAGCUCUUGGUGUGGGUAACCCAGGGCUGUAACUCUGAGGCACCUGAUGUGUAGGACAGUAGUUCUGGGGACUUCAUGGAGCAGGAAGGAGAGGGACCUGUGUCUGCUAAACCAAUCCUGCUAUCCCUGUGCCUCUCCAUGAUUCAGUAUGGACCUCAUGAUUUUAGAAGCGGAUGGAAUUGGUCAGUGAUUCUCUACCCCGAGAGGGAAACCUCCAUCUUUUCCAUGCCUUCCUCCUGUUUUUCCUUGGCGUGCACAUGGAAGAGGACCUGGACAUACUCCCUGGGGAAGGGCUGACUAAGGGCCCUGAGGCCAGAGACAAGGCUGAGGAAGCCAAGAAUAGGACAGGUAUCCAGGCAUGAAGUUGUUUGCCUGAACUUGGCCAUUCCCUCUCUGAGUUGACUUCAAGCCUAGUUGCCUCAAUUUCCAUGCGUAAGCCUAGAUCCUGCACAUUCCAUUGUCAAUCCACUGCUGCCUGUAAAAUUAUUUUCCAUUUGUUCCUUCUCAUUCCCCCAAAGCUGUGGUCCUAUUCAUUGAAAGGCUACCAAUUGACUCAUAGUGUUUAUUUCUAAAUGACUGUUCUAGGCUACUGCUCCCCCAGGAGACUCAACACUAAGAAGCCUGACCUCCAUCCCCUUUCCCCAAUCAGUAGCAUUUACUAUCCAAACAGCCUUAAGGAGUACGUAGCCAAUGUCACAGCUAUAUCCCCUCACUUCCACUAGCCAACACCAUGGCUCUUAGGGCUGGAGUGUCUGGCUCUCUUCAUCUCUCUCAAUCAAAGAAAGUAUCACUAUACAGAUCUAAAAUGGCUGCCUCCAAGCAGGGAAAAGGUCAGUUAAUCCAUACUUCCUGGGAUAUGUCAUAAAAACUGAUUUUUUUAUUAACUUUGACCAUCUUCAUUCUCCGCCAGAAGCUAGGAUAACGCUCUGAUUCCUCUCUUCCUACCAUUUGCACCUCUCGUAGAAAGCUAGCCAGAGUGCUUCCCAAAUUAUGCCUUCAGGGCCUGGCUUCUUGCACUCUUCCUUUCCUGACACCCCAUACAUAUACAAACACACUUCCUCCACUCGUUUAUUCCAUGGUUUCUGGGACCUGCAAAUGAUUUCCAGUUUGGAAAGUAUAGGCCAUGAGGCUUCUUAACUGAUGUCAAGACAGAUCUUGGGAGAACAGGUGAAGACCUGCUAAUGUCCACCAAGUUGAAUGUAGGUUGUCCAAACGGGGAGGCAAGGGGAAGGGGAAGAACCCAGACAAAGCUGUUCACUAAAUCUAUGGAAGCCAGCCCUGGGGCAUCAAACUAAAUAGACUGAAUCAGGAGUCAAUACUCAGGGACUCUAGGCCUUUUCGGGGCAGACAGAAGAGGACUGGGGAAGUGGAAAGACAGUGUAAAUGGGAAGUCUUCAGGAGUCAGCCCAGAGGCCACUCUGCGGGAUGGGUUUUUACAGGGCCACAAUACUGUAAGGCUUCCCUUCUCUUACUACAAAACCUGCCCUGAUCUGAGUCGGAAUGGGAAGCCAUUUCUGCAGAGGCUCUGAGCAUCAAGUAAUGCAUAUCAAAAGGAAGAAGUCCAUGUGUAAGCCUAGAUCCUGCACACUCAGCAACAUGUAAUCCCUUUGACUUCUCUGCCUCCCUCUUUCUGUAUUAGACCAGGCCCAUUCUCUAAACCUGAGGGAACUGUGAGUCAGGAAAAAAAUUAUCAAAGUCUGGACGUGAGCUGCCACCUGCCCUAGGCCUCCAAAUGCCCAGAGGCUGACAGUGAGCUGUGACUGCCCUGACUUCCCCAGAUUGAUGUAGUUUGGUGGGGGCUCAUAUUUGUUGCUGAAAGUUCAGUAAUACAGUCCUGAUUUUUGGUACUAAUGAAACUUUAUAUUCGAGAAUGUUCUCCAUAUGCAUAUGUAAGGUGAUUCUGGAAUGGAUUAGGUGGUCAUAUCUCAAAAUGUCAGAAAAUGUUAUGGAGCAUUCAAACUUCUGUAUUUGCUGCUUAACCUCAAUAUAAGAGGCUCAGACUAGGAAGGGAGACAAAGGAUAACUGACUAUAAGCAGGAAAUAAUGUUAAUCUGCUUGACUUCUUAAGCACGGUAAGAAAAAAAUGGAAGCAAACAACACAAGGAUGUCUUUAAAUUCAACCUGUCUCAAUUGUAGUACAUCCUGUCUUGGGCCAUUAUUUGGACUAGUAACCCUUUAAAGAAAUAUAUGAUUACAGGGAACAGAAUCCCCAGUUCUGUUACCAGCCUAGCUAGACAACACGGACUAUAGCAGUAUAGACAAACUGAAAACUUUAUUCAUUUGUGUGAACUGAACUGAAGUUUCAGAAUAACCAUUAUCAACGUGGGAGGCUUUCUUUAUUCCAUGCAGAAGAAAUCUCAAAAUAUUGUAUUUAUAUCUGCCUUCCACUGUUGCCGAUAUAAUAAGUAUCUCUUACACAAUCAACAAUAAACAGUAAAUGAUGCAGUUCAUAGAAUAUUUUGCACUUGGAGAAAAAAAUGUAUCUGAACUUGUAAAAAGAAAUGUUUGGAUUUUG